ACUCGAACGAGAAUUUAAUACUAUUUCGAGUGGACCAAAACGUAAUAGUCUUUUCUUCAAUUGUUCUUUGCAUCGUCUCUGGUACGUACGCUCAAAUUAGUAAACUUCAAAUUUCAGAUCUCUCAAUUUCUGUAAAAUGGGUCUCCCUUUCUCGAUACCCUCCUUUGAUCCGUGUGUAAAUGAAGUCUCUGAAUGGCUAGAGACGAGUGUAAGAUAUAUUCUAAAUCUCGAGAAGAAUCUUGUGGAUCUAGAGAGAACCAUGGAGGAGCUCAAGGCUAAGCGGGAUGAUUUGUCAAGACGGCUCACAAUUGAGGAGGGCAGAGGUCUGCAAAGGCUUGCCGAAUUCGAGGUAUGGCUUAAUAGAGUUGUGAUUGUCGAAAAAGAAGUCAGUGAUAUUCUUUAUGAUAGAGAUGUUCAACUUCAAAGGAUGUGUCUUUUCGGGUUUUGCUCUAUGAGUUUACUGUCAAGCCACCGUUACGGGAAAAGUGUUUUCUUAACGUUGGGAAAAGUUGAGGAACUGAAAAAUAAAGAGUUUAACGUGAUCGCUGAGCAAGCUCAAACGCCUGGGGUGGAGGAACAACCUCUUGAACCGAUAAUUGUUGGUCAAGAAACAAUGCUCGAGAAGGCAUGGAAACAUCUCAUGGAAGAUGGAGUUGGUAUUAUGGGUAUCUACGGUAUGGGUGGUGUAGGGAAGACAACUCUUCUCACACAAAUCAACAAUAAGUUCAGUAACGAUAGACGGGGAUUUGACUACGUUAUUUGGGUUGUGGUAUCUAAAGACUCACAGAUGGAGGAGAUUCAAGAGGAAAUCGCUGAGAAAGUUGGUCGUAAUGGAGAGGAAUGGAAACAAAUGGAUAGAAGGCAAAAGACUAGCUGUUUAUUCAAAUUCUUAAAGGAAAAGAGUUUUGUGUUGUUUUUAGAUGACAUAUGGGAGAAGGUGAAUUUAGCUGAAAUCGGAGUUCCGGAUCCAAGAACACAUAAAGGAUGUAAAUUGGCAUUUACCACUCGUUCUAUGGAUGUAUGUGCGCAAAUGGGGGUUGAAAAACCAAUGGAAGUCCAAUGCUUGGCAGACAAUGACGCAUUUGAUUUUUUCCAGACAAAGGUUGGUGAAACAACACUUGGAAGCGAUCCGGGAAUCCCCGAACUUGCAAGAGAAGUUGCUAAAAAAUGUUGUGGCUUACCAUUGGCUCUCAAAAUCAUAGGCCAGACCAUGUCAUCCAAGACGAAGGUACAAGAAUGGCGUCAUGCGAUACAUGUUUUGAAUUCAUACGCUGCAGAGUUUUUUGGCAUGGAAGAUGAGAUCCUUCCGCUUUUGAAGUAUAGCUACGAUAGUCUUAAGGGGGAGCAGGUAAAGUCGUGUUUGCUAUAUUGUGCUUUAUAUCCAGAAGAUGCUGAAAUUGUGAAAGAUGACUUGAUAGAGCAAUUGAUAUGCGAGAAUAUCAUAGAUGGAAGUGAAGGUAUAGAAAAGGCUGAGGACAAGGGUUAUGAUAUUAUUGGUAGUCUUGCCCGCGCAUCAUUGUUGAUGGAGGGGAAGGAUCAGUUUGGAAGAGGUGUUGUGCGUAUGCAUGACGUUGUUCGUGAAAUGGCCUUAUGGAUUGCUUCUGAAUUGGGAACACAAAAAGAGGCCUUCAUUGUGCGUGCAGGUGUUGGGUUACGUGAAAUUCCAAAGGUGAAGAAUUGGAACAUUGUGCGAAGGAUGUCGUUAAUGGAGAAUACGAUUCUUCAUCUCGUUGGGAGUCCUGAAUGUAUGGAACUCACAACUUUCCUCAUGGGAGUGUCACAAUGUGGAAGUAUCGUUGGUCAAUUGGAAGAUAUCUCGAGUCAAUUCUUCAAUUACAUGCCAAAGUUAGUUGUUUUGGAUUUAUCGGGUAAUUUCUUUCUCUCUGAAUUGCCGGAAGGAAUAUCAAAUCUAGUUUCCUUGCAAUAUCUCAACUUGAGUGAAACUGGCAUACGUUGUUUGCCAAAGAAGAAGGUACUACAAGAGUUGAAAAAACUAAUUCACUUGGAUUUGGAGGAUACAUCAAAGCUUGAAAGUAUUGCUGGUAUAUCAAGUCUGUAUAAUCUGAAAGUUUUGAAAUUAAGUGAAUCUGGUUUGCCAUGGGAUCUCCACACAGUGAAGGAGUUGGAAACUUUGGGACAUUUAGAGAUUUUAACUACAAGUUUCAAUGUUUCUCCAACUCUGGAGCAAUUUUUGAGCUCUCUUAGGCUGAUGAGUCAUACACGAUUUUUACUGAUCUCUGACGAUUUUGAAACAUCACCAAAUAUACAUCUUGAAUCAACUGGAAUAUCACUUUUAGGAUCUAUGGACAAGCUUCGGGAUUUCAAAAUUCAGUGCUGUCGUAUCCCUGAGAUAAAGAUCGGAAGGAUAUGUAGCUUCUUGAGCCUGGUCAACGUUUUUAUAAUGGGUUGUGGAAGCUUGAGGGAAUUGACGUUUCUGAUCUUCGCUCCAAAUCUUAGAACUCUUGAGUUUAUUGAUUCAUACGACAUUGAAGAUAUAAUAAACAAAGAGAAAGCUUGUGAAGUUGAAGAAUCAGGGAAUGUUCCUUUCCAAAAGCUGAAUGUUCUUCAUUUCGAAAAUCUACCAAAGCUGAAGAGUAUAUAUUGGAGUCCUCUACCCUUUCCAUGUCUAGAGAAAAUCGUUGUACGGGGAUGUCCAAAUCUGAAAAAGCUUCCACUCGAUUCCAAAAGUGGCAAGCAGGGUGAAAAUGGAUGCAUCAUAAGUUACGAAUCUCCAGGAUGGAUUAAAGAUGUGGAAUGGGAAGACGAAGCUACAAAACUCCGCUUCUUAUCUUCAUGCAUGGAGUACUGACAGAGGCUUACUAAGGGAGCAAGUUCAAAGUUGAUAAAGUCAUCUUUUGGGUUUAAUUUGUUCCAAAGGGAAACUUUUUAUCUCUCUCUCUCUCUGCUUUCCAUAUCUAUUUAUCUCUAUCAUCUUUCAAACUCUGUAUUGCUUUCUAUGAGUUGUUUUUAUAAUUCUUUUCUUUUGUAUGCCUUUCACAUGAACCAUACUUUAAAGGCUAUCGAAAAUGGUUGCAACUUUAUAUAUUGAGAUGUGAAUUUCUUGUGAUGAUGAUAAGAUAGAUAAUGGGAGCUGAUAGAGUUAAGUGAAAAAUCUAGUCCAGUCAGUGUUAUUGACUAAAUAGAAGUGUUGUGGAUCAUUGUGAGAGUAUCCUGCGCGAUCACUGUGGGUGUUUAGAGCUUGUGUGCUCUGCUCUUAGGGAGAUAAGAUUGGAGAACUGUAACUCCAAGCUCAUCAAUUAGGUUUGAUUUGCGUCCAUGGCUUGAUUGGAUGGAGAAUCGUUUUGUGUUGGGAGAUUACACUAAUUUUGAGAAGUUGCAUCUUGCACAUGACGUGCAUUUCAAAGCAACACAAGUUCUCGGUUUCGAAAUCCGGUAAAUCCAUGCUUCUUGAGUCUUUCUGAUGUGUGUGUACAAGGUUAAAUAUGCCUACCGGAGUUGAGUUGACGUGGCUGAUGUUUGCUCCAACUCUUACAUAUAUUGAUGUUGAGUGUUCAGACCAACUAGAAGAUCUAAUAAGCAAAGAGAAGGCUACUGUAGGUCUGAAGAAUCAGAGAUUGGUCCUUUUCCCUGUCUAAAGACAAUCGCUGCAAUAGGAUGACCAAAGCUAAAAAGCCUUUCGCUCAAACACCGAGAGAAAGAAUGGACUGAAGGUCUUGAAUGGGAGGUUGAAGCUACCAACCACCGCUUCUUACGUUCAUGUGUAUAGGUUUAUAGUUUAUCAUGCUCUGUAAUCAGAUUAAACCAAAUCCACUUUAUCAUUACUCAUAUUUCUGUCUUUAA